GCUUCGCUUCAGGAGUUAAGUGACCUCUUCGUCUAAAGUGCCAGCUCUGCAAAAUCCAGGAGCUAAACACAGCUCAACUUCCCGGGAGCAACCCCCUCCAACCACACGCCCCUGUUUUCUCAAUGUAUUACCGAAAAAAAAUCCAGAUCCCCCUCCGCGCGAUGAAUGCUGGGGUAAGUAGUUCCCCUAAACCAUGAAGCUCGAUGUCAGACUGGAGCUCAGGUUGGCUCCCCAAAAGAGAACUACAAUUCCCGUGGUGCCCUGCGGGCAGAGUGGAAGGGGCGGGACGGACAACGGCGCAACGCGCUUGCGCAGAUCGAGGGUCGAAGGGAGGCGGAGGUCUCGAGGUCCAACUGCUGAGGAGUCUCCAUGUGACAGUGAGCGGCGUCCCAGCUCCUGGCGACGCCAGAUUCCAGUUCCCGAUCCCACGCCCCGUCCACUGACCCUGUGCCUGCAGACACCAGCAGGCCGGGGCCCCGUGGUCUUGGCCGGAGGACCCUGGCUCAGAGUUAAUAGUCUCCGCCAAGCAGGUGCGAGGGACCGCCGAGACCCCCGGCAUCCAGAGAGGCAGGCGGCGCGGAGAGUGGGGCUUCUGUCAGCGCGGCGCUGCGAGUGCGGGGACAUGAACGGCUUCACUCCCGAGGACAUGAGCCGCGGCGGGGACGCGGCCGCCGCUGUGGCCGCUGUGGUCGCCGCUGCUGCCGCCGCCGCGUCAGCCGGGAACGGGGCUGGGGCUGGCGCCGGGGCCGAGGUGCCGGGCGCAGGGGCGGUCUCGGCGGCCGGGCCGCCGGGAGCGGCAGGGCCGGGCCCCGGGCAGCUGUGCUGUCUGCGCGAGGACGGCGAGCGGUGCGGCCGGGCUGCGGGCAACGCCAGCUUCAGCAAGAGGAUCCAGAAGAGCAUCUCCCAGAAGAAGGUGAAGAUAGAGUUGGAUAAGAGCGCAAGACAUCUUUACAUUUGUGAUUAUCAUAAAAACUUAAUUCAGAGCGUGCGAAACAGGAGAAAGAGAAAAGGGAGCGAUGAUGAUGGAGGAGAUUCACCUGUUCAAGAUAUUGAUACUCCGGAGGUUGAUUUAUACCAAUUACAGGUGAAUACACUUAGGAGAUACAAAAGACACUUCAAACUCCCAACCAGACCGGGACUUAAUAAAGCACAGCUUGUUGAGAUAGUUGGUUGCCACUUUAGGUCUAUUCCAGUGAAUGAAAAAGACACCUUAACAUAUUUCAUCUACUCAGUGAAGAAUGACAAGAACAAGUCAGAUCUCAAGGUUGAUAGUAGUGUUCACUAGGAGAGAUGGAAUUAAACUUGGAUGUUCAGAUGUUAAGACCGCUUACUGCUUUUUCACGUGUAGAAAUGUUCCUUGUGUAUUUUUUCUACAGAGGAUUUUCUCUGGUUUUAUUUUCUUUGUUUUGACUCUAAUUAGUUGGAAACUCAUGUAAAAUGAGCUUUCCUAGAUUAAAGGUAUUUUAAAUAAAGGUUAUUGCUAUUA